CAGUAAUCUCUCCUGUUCCAUCUGCUGCCGGGAGUCCACAGUGCCUCUGGGUCUGGGUUUUGGCUGCAUAUGAACCUGGAUGAGGAGAACAGUGAAGACCGAUCAUGCUGGUGUCUCCUGCAGCCGAGCGCAGUCAGGCCUCUCUGCUGUCGGUGCUGCAGGCCCUGCUGGAGGAUCAGUCCCACAGGAAGCUGUUCGGGCUGGAGCUGGGCUCAGGUACCGGACAGCACAUCACUCACUUCGCUCCAGAGCUGCCCUUCAUUACCUGGCAACCAUCAGACAUCACUGAAGAAUCACGAAACAGUAUCCGGGCGUACAUCGAUGCCACUAAAGUGAAGUCGGUGCUGCAGCCAGUGUUCCUGGAUGCCAGGGAACCCUGGGAGAAAUGGGCGGGGCUCCCACAAAGCUCCUGUGAUGUCAUUAUAGCGUUCAACCUGUUUCAGUACAGCAGCUUCAGCACAGCGGAGGGUGCCUUAAAAGGAUCCGGGGAGAUUCUGAAGCAGAAUGGAAUCUUAAUAACGUACGGGCCAUAUGCCAUCAAUGGAGUGAUCACACCAACGUGCAAUGAAGAAUUAGACCAGAGAUUACGAGAAAUGAAUCCAGAAUGGGGCCUUCCAGACAUUGACGUGCUACGACAGCUUGCGUUUGGGAAUGGGUUACGUCUGGAGAGAAUGAUCGAAAUGGAGGAAAACAACAAAUGCCUGGUCUUCAGGAAGGUGUGACACACCAGAUGAAAGACAUCGAUCCCUCUGCUGACAACUUUUAUAGAGAUGCGGAUUUCAUUUUCCAGCAGGACUUGGCACACUGCCCACACUGCCAAAAGUACCAAUUGGUUUUAUAUAAUACUCUAAUUUUCUGAAAUUUCUGAAGUUUUCAUUGGCUGUAACCUAUUAUCAUCAACAAUAAAAGAAAUAAAAGCUUAAAAUAGA